CGCGAGAGUAUUGAAGCAAAGAUCAUACAGGAUUAGCAGCAGCAGACACCGGCGGACCGGUCAGCGACAUUUGUGCAUCUAUUUCAACAUCAGCACUUUGUCCGUGUCAUCUUUCUGGUCCAAACUGACGCAUGAAAACAGGUAAACGACUGACAUCGUGAUGGUGGAAGCCACCAUCGCUUUGUCUCCCAGGACGGCUGCUGUCUAGUUGUUUUGUAGACUUUUUGGUUCCCUGUUGGGAGGAGAAUACAGAUUGGGCGUGUUGGUCCGGCAGCGCCAUGGACUACCAUGCGGAGUGCUGCUUCUGUGAUCCAGAAGACGGCAGCAGUGAGCCAGGGGAACCGCCGCUACACAAUAUCCAUGCACCCAACCGGAUUCGACCAUCUUCGUAUAGAGCCCUACGGAGCGCCGUGUCCAGUCUGGCCAGGAUUGAUGACUUCUUCUGUGAAAAAAUUGGUUCAGGCUUCUUCUCUGAGGUGUUUAAGGUGCAGCAUCGGAUCACAGGACAGGUGAUGGCACUGAAGAUGAACACACUCGCAAGCAACAAAGCUAAUAUGCUAAGAGAAGUGCAGCUCAUGAACAGACUUUGUCACCCCAAUAUACUCAGGUUUCUUGGAGUUUGUGUUCAUGAAGGUCAGCUUCAUGCUUUGACUGAGUACAUAAAUGGAGGCAACCUGGAGCAGUUGUUAGACAGUGAUCUGUACCUGUCAUGGGGGGUCCGGAUCAGUCUGGCUCUUGAUACUGCUCGUGGGCUGCAGUACCUACACAGCAAAGGCAUAUUCCACAGAGACCUCACCUCCAAGAACUGUCUGGUUCGCUGUGAUAAUGGCCUGUUCACGGCUGUGGUGGGAGACUUCGGCCUUGCAGAAAAGAUCCCUGAUUACAGUGAUGGUGUGGAGAAGCAGCCUUUGGCCAUUGUGGGUUCCCCGUACUGGAUGGCACCAGAAGUCUUGCGAGGAGAGCUGUAUAAUGAGAAGGUGGACGUGUUUGCAUAUGGUAUCAUCCUGUGUGAGAUCAUUGCCAGGAUAGAAGCUGACCCUGACUUCUUACCCAGGACAGAGGACUUUGGUCUGGAUGUGGAGGCUUUUGAGAACAUAGUUGGCGACUGUCCUCCUGCUUUUUUCGGCCUGGCUGUCACCUGCUGCAAUAUGAGUGCAGAGAGACGUCCUUCAUUCCGUGACAUUGUCUUCACCCUUGAGGGAAUGGAAAUAGAACAGGACAGAGAGAUUCCCAUUACACUCGAACCGGUGGCAGUAGAGGUCAGCCCGUACAGACGCCGCAGCUCUCCCUGUCACCUCGUUGACCGUGCACAGCUACGCCAAGGCUUGGCGCGGAGCCAGUCAGACAUGCUGCCACCAAUAACCCUGGCUCCUCCUCUCCUCAGCGCCCCUGCACGCGUUAACCCCUUCUCACUAAGACAGGACCUGAACGGGGGACGGUGUAAACUCUUAGACACUCCCAGCAAGUCCGUUAUCUCGCUGACCUUCACGCUUCCAGCUCUUCGUGACCCCUGUGCCUCACCUCACCUCCUGAGAGGUACGCCAGGUAUGCAAGCUCCCCAGAGGAGGUGCCAGUCACUCCCUUGUACUCCGGAGCUGAGCCAUACUGUAGCCUUACUAAAAGACACGGAAGGUAAGGGGGAGGAAAAGAACCAGAGUGCUAAAGUGGAGGGAGGAGUGCAGGAGUGCGUGAAGGAGACACCAGAUACGGUGGAGGAAUGGUUGGAGGAAGAUCAGACAGAAACGAGUGAGAACAGUGAGCUGUUAAAGGAGAAGGUGAUGGGAGAGGAUUCAGGUCUUCCUCUUGAGCUGGAGAUGGUAUCCCUUGAAGGAUUAGAGGAAGAAGAGGAGGAGGAGGAGAGUAUGUGUUUAACUGAACCUAUGGACUGUACAAAGUCUCCAGAGCCACCAGAAGGCAGUCUUAACUCCACACCUGGAAAACCUCUUCUCACCUCUUCAUCUUUAAGAACCAAUUGCUGGCGGCUUCCCAUCUGUAAUGGGCCGCCUUCAUUACCUCCUCUGCUGCAGCUGGACAACAACAACGAUUCGGGUGUUGUCAUUGGACGGCAGGUGCAGUGGAGAGCCAAUGGAAGGGCCAAUGGCUACAGCGGAACUCAGGCCCCCCUCUGUGAACCUGCUGACCCCACGGAGCAGGAUGAGGACAUGUCUUGUCCCGGCUGCUGUGUAGUGGGUCUGAGUUUUCCGUCGGUAUGUCUACGUGGGUCGCCUCCCGUGCCUACGCCCCGGCGACGGGCUUCAUUGCCACGCCAGCGGCCCUAUCGGAAUCUCAACGGGACAAUAUCUGGCGGAAACGCAGCCACCACUCCAGCAACCAAAGCUCUGUUGUGUCGCGGCGCAAAUGGACUAGUGGUGAACACACCCACUGUGCCAUGUGAGCCUGGCCGGUCCUUGCCUGAGGCCCAAACAUAGACCAGGUUCUGUAUGUAGCGCCCUUGAGCUGUAAGUUUUCAGCGUGUAAGCUAGCAAUCGGCUAAAUGUUGCCAUGCUUUUGAGGAUCCGAUGCUGAGCUCAGCAGAGAUAAAUGUGAUGUAGUUGGUUUGUAGUUACAGAAAUGUGUGGGUGACAAGUGUUUGAGUGCCACCUUGUGGGUCGGAGGGGUCACAGGCUUGGUGAUGUAACAGCGUGGCCUAAAUUCAGCUAAACCACAGCUCGAGGUAGAAUGCACUAUUCUAAACCAAGUGUUCAUUGAAUACUGACCAGUCAGGGACAACAGCACUGAGCUAAACAGAGCAGCUAGUCUUAAGUGAUGCACGUCACAACUGCCUAACCAAAUCAGACUGAACUUAGUCUGCGUCAAAAGGUGCAGGCCCGAUUUCUGAAGACAACUUUGUCACUUGAGUAUGAAAGAAAAGGUGCUGCAGAACAGAAAAUGACAGACCUACACAGGUUUCACCUCUGCCAGCUCACAACAGGUGCAGGUACAAAAUCACAUGUGGAUAACAUUUUUUUAAUUUAUUUAUUAUUGUCUGAUAAACAGUAGCACCAGGAGAAAUGUUUAUUAAUAACAAAUACAUUUUUAUAGUAGUUCACGUGCAUUUGUGUGUGAGCAAUGACACGUAUGUAAAUUCUUUAUUUUUGCACUUACAUUUGGAGCACUUUGCAGUCAAAAAAACACCACAAACUAGUUGGUGCUUUAUUGAAAUCUGUGGGGACUGGUUCUCUGUCCUUUUUUUUUUUUUUUUUUUUUUUGGCUGGGCUUUGAUGAUCUCUGAAAAGACAUUGCUGUCAGCAGCUUUGUCCAAACAGUGUAAAUCACUUUUAAUCCAGUAGAGGUCACUAUCAGCAGGUUUAAGUGUGUAGGAAUGUUACUACCGUCCUAAUUAUCUCAUUCGUAUCUCAAAGCAUAAAUCGUAGAUGAGCUCUUCGGGGCAGCACUGUGAACUUGUGUUGUCUACGUAUAUUUCAACAGCAUCACAUUGAGCUUUUGAUGCCAAAGCGAGGCUCACAAAGAGGUCAAUUCACAACGACACUCCUGAUUAGAGGAAAAGAAGUUCUAAUGUAUGAUAUUCAUUGGCAAUAAAGGAUUCUAGACCAGUGAUUUCCAAUGUGUGGGCCCCGAGAGGUCAUUAAAAAUAAAUAAAAACAUUUUGCUUUUCAGUUGUGUAAUAAAGUUUAAAUUUAUCCU